AAAGGCUGCCAUUUGUCCACGACAGUUACGUAUGAACCUUUGAUUAAGCCGACAACUUAUGGCUUCUAAAGUAUCCACGAUCACCUCUUUAUGUCCGUCAGAUAUGAAACUGAUCCAACGGUUAUUAUUCCAUAGAGGUGCUUCUCUUUCUCUCCUCUCCUUGUUUAACAGUCAUGUCCCGCUAUUUCUUUUCUGAAUAAAAUACGAAACUGUACUUUCCCAUAAUUUAGUGUUUUUUCAAGUGUAGAGAAAAAUGCAAGAGCAAGCGACGAGUUCUAUUGCCGCUAGUUCACUACCAUCAAGUAGUGAGAGAUCAUCUAGUUCAGCUUUACAUCUUGAACUCAAAGAAGGUAUGGAGAGUGAUGAUGAGAUCAGAAGAGUGCCGGAGAUGGGCGGAGAAGCGACGGGGACAACGUCAGCUUCUGGCAGGGAUGGAGCAUCGGCCGCCGGUCAAGCUCAACCAUCAGCUGGGACUCAAAGGAAGAGAGGAAGAAGCCCAGCUGAUAAAGAAAACAAAAGGUUAAAAAGGUUGUUGAGAAAUAGAGUAUCAGCACAACAAGCAAGGGAGAGGAAGAAAGCAUAUUUGAUAGAUCUGGAAGCAAGGGUGAAGGAAUUGGAAACAAAGAAUGCAGAACUUGAAGAGAGAUUGUCUACUUUGCAAAAUGAGAACCAAAUGCUUAGACAUGUUCAUGUCUUUUGUAAGUUGAAAGUGCGCCAUGUCCGGUCUAAUUACUAUUCGAAUACUUCUUCCACUUACCUCUAUUUCUCCUGAAUCCAUUCAUAGCCAAACUCUCACACCCCGCAUUUAUACAUUCGUGAAUCUUCUCUUCACAUAUCUGAAUCUCUUCCCGCAUCUUAUUCUCUUUCGAAACCACACUCAACUUGUUUCAAUUGUCCUGAUUUUAUUCUAUAUCUCCUAGUAUAUGUGUCCACACAUCCAUCACAAUAUCUUCAUUUCCACAACUUUCAUCUUUUGAACGUGAGAGUGCUCGACUACAUGUACUUGCAAAGGCGUAUUCAGGAUUUCGGCAAAAUGGAUGCACAAAUUACGAAUAAAAUGCAUUUUAAAUAUAAAUUUGAUCAAUUUGACUUUAAAGUUUCUAAUAUAAAACCAUUGAACUUUUAAAAUUGUAGGUGCAAAAUAUAUAAUACUACUAGUUUAAAUUUUAAUGCACACAUUUGAUUUAAUUAUAUAUAAAAAAUAUUUUUUAGGAAUUUUUAAUGUAAUACUCUUCAAAAUUUUUGAAAAAAUUAAGGAAAAAAAACAAAAGAGAAAUUAGUUAAAACGCUAAAAGUAUAUAACCAAUAACUACUUGUAGAGGUGCUACUUGAAAAGACAAGAUAGAUAUAUAAGAUUUUAAUUUCUAUCCUCACAGAGGUGCACCCAAUCAUCUUCAUCAUAUUAUUAUCAUAUUAUUAUACGAUAGUUUAACUGUGGGUUCACACAUCUAUAUUUAAAUAUUUUUCUUAAAAUAUAACACUAUUAUAUUUGAUCUAGAGAGGGGAGCAUGGGUUCAUGUGAACCCAUGACACCCCCUCUAGAUAUGACCUUGUAUACUCGACCCAUACAACAUAGUUGGUCUAACCGUCACUAUGUCGAAUUUCUCUUUAUGUUUUGGUGGAACCUUCUUAUCACUAGCAACUCCAGAUGCAAGUAUCUAUGUCAUACACGUUGCACCAAUACAGUGAGUGACAUCCUCGUCAAUCACCCCAUUUUCUUGGAUAACGGACCAAUAUACUUGAAUAGAGUAUAGCACCCAAAGGUGUGGUCUACUGGUCAAUGAAGUAGUUGAGAGCCAUGAGAUCUCAAGUUCAAAUUCAAUAGAGGAAAAGAGCUACUAGGUGAUUCUUUCUGUAUGUUCUAGCCUUGGUGAAUAUAGUUACCUGGUACUGGAUGCUGGUGGGAGGUGAUGGUAGGUAUCUCGGGUAAUUAGUUAAGGUGCGGGAAAGCAGCCUUAAAAAUAAAUUAGAUGAAUGGGGGAUUAUCCAGAAACAGUUUAUAAGCUCAGUCAUUUCUUUGGUUUAGCUCACUCUUAUAUCGGGCUUUCGUUACGUCCCAUCAAUUAUUUUAUCAAACAUUGAAGACGAGGAGACAAACUAUGAAUUAUCAACAAUAUGCUGUGACUUAAGCCUCCUGAAGUUACAUUAGUAUUAUGUAAUUAAUGUGCAGUAGAAAUGUACUACCGUAUGAACAUAGAUCAAAGCAUGGAAGCUUUCUCACCUUCUAUAUUCUCCAAUAUGCAUUAUACUGCCCAUCAUAUGUGUACAGAGCAUUUAAGCUGAACAUAUAAUGUAUGAAUAAAGUGUUCUUGUAUAUUCCAUAGUAUAUCUUGUAGCGAGAGAUGUAAAGAAUUGCGCAAUCAUCCAUGAUAUAUGAUGUCAGCUUUCUACUCUUAGUUAUUACCUUGUAGUAAAUCUAAGAACUACGCUCAUGUUAAUUGGGAAGUGUAGAGAUUACUUGGGUAAAACUCUCAAGGCUUGUCUGCAUGAACAUGUAA